AGCUGGAUCCGCCCAGACCGAGGCCGCCUCCAAAGCUCCGCGCUCGGCGGAGGCCUUGAUCCAUGCUAGAGGCGAGCGAGCACCCGCAGGGGCGGCAGGCUCAAAGGCGUGAACAUAUUCCUUGUGGGAGAGACUAAAAGGUAAAAUUGUAUUUACAGAUUUGUGACAUUCAAAACCACAGACUACAACAGUACUACUACUAAAUCAGAUCAACUAUGAAUUGGAAUGCAAAGCCAGAGAAUGCUACCCAAAACCCACCACCGUAUUCUAAAAACCAGUCAUCUGUUUUGCAGCAGUUUUUAAUGCCUUCCACAACUUCUCAAAGUUCUUUCAGCUGUCUUGCACAGAACCAAGAAGCAUGCAUGUAUCCCAGUAAUUCAAAUUCAGCUUCACAGCCACUUCUGAACGUCAGGAGUUAUGUAACUCCUCAGAUCUCCAAUAUGCAUAAUAGGACUGUUGUGGCCUCACAGACUUCAGUAGAAAGAGUCACGUACACAAAUGUUAAAGGAGCCCAACAACCAAACCACAAUUUGCAAACAGUGUCUUCAGGAGUUAUGCAAAAUGUCUGGAUGAACUCACCAAUGAGGAAUUUUAUGCCUUCUCAUACAGAGGCAACCGUAUCCCAUAAACCUGAUGGUGGGACUAAUAUGCCUUAUGUGCAUGCACCACAGAGUCAGCUUGUCACAUCAGAUACCUAUUCUGUGCAACUACAAAUGACUCCUUCAAAUUCUGUAAGAGUUCCUAUAACUUAUCAAGGAAAUUAUCAAGGAAAUCAGGGACUUAACCACUCGAUACCAGAUCAGCUGGUUGACUGGACACAGUGCACAUCCAAUGAACUUACUUACCCAGAUUACAGGACACCUACAAAGCAAUAUCCUUAUUUACCACAAAACUUUGUGCAAGACCCUUCUGUUCAGAAACAAAACUUUGUGCCAUCUACAUCAUUACAAGUUAAAAAUAAUCAGCUUCCACCUUCUACACAGUCGUUACAGUCAAAGCAUCCUGUACCUGUGUCAUCAUAUCAGUAUGCUGCAGAAGCCAGCAAAAGACUCCCUGCCCGCCCUUACAGCUGUAGAUAUGGAAGCCAACAAGUGCAAAAUUCUCAGCCUAUUUCUAGACAUUUGCCUCUGGAAGUUCCUCAGAGUUCAGAAAUACACUCAUCUGAAAAAAAGAAAGAUACUUACAAAGGCUUUCAACAGCAGUGGCAGAACACUAAUAAAAACGUCAGCACCAUUGGAAAAUUCUGUGAGUUGAAAAUAAAACAGUCUUACAGUGACUCUGUUAGUUCUUCUGGGGAUGGUCUUCAGACUCUUGUUCAGAAUAAUCAAGAGGAAAGAAAGUAUUCCUGCAAUCCAAGUACAAAUCAAGUAAUAGACACAAAUGCCACAAAAGAAAAGCUGGUGAGGGAUAUUAAAUCACUAGUAGAAAUCAAAAAGAAGUUUUCAGAACUUGCAAGAAAAAUUAAAAUUAAUAAAGAUCUUUUGAUGGCAGCUGGUUGUAGUAAAAAAGCCAAUAAUUCUUAUACUGAACCAACUCAGCACUCUCAAUUUUCAGCAAAAGAAAUGUCUGCUAAAAGUGAUGGUCACUGCUCCAUGGAAUUGCUAGCAACAUGUCUUUCGCUUUGGAAAAACCAGCCUCCAAAAAACACAGAACAUGUUCCAAAACCUUUAGAAGAAAAACAGUAUAAUGCAUCAAGAACCAGUACAAUAGCAGUUGGCAGUUCAAAUCCCACGAAUGAAGUUCAUGUUAAGAAUUUUUGUUCAGGUGUUAGAAAUUCUCAGAAAAUGACCAGCUCGUCACAAGCCGUCAUGUCCGUUCUCACACCGAGUUACGAGUCUUCAGAUGUAGCUGUUGGAAAAGGAACAGAGCUUCAAAUUGCUGUGGUGUCACCCUUAAUUCUUUCGAAUAUCAAUGCCUUACCUGGAAAAGCAUUAGCACCUGAGGUUGUACCUGAAACUGUGUAUCCAGUUGUUAAGGAAGGCAGUGUUUGUAGCUUACAAAACCAGCAGCCAGAAAAUACAACAGUAGCUGCUGCUUUGCCCUUUGAUGUUACAGGAGCAGUAGCAAGUACUACUCUAUCAGCUGAGCUUUCCAUGCCCAUGCCUAAGGAAAAGCAGCACAAACCAACACAGGAUGAUCUAGACAUAGCUGAUAGCAGCCUAGGAAAACACUCUCCCCUGGGUGCUGAAGCUCUGCCUAACCCUAGUGACAGCACCAUUGUGAGUGGGCCCAUGUUACAGAUUGAAAGUAUCUGUUCUCUUGCAGAAGGUGAUGUUUCCUACAAUUCCCAGAUAGCAGAGAUAUUCAACUCUGUACAAAAUGAACCCCAGAAGCCUUCACCUAAUCAGCAGGUAAUCAAUAGUCAACAAGAAGAACAAGUAGGUGACACUACUAAAAAUAAAGACAUUGGUUUUCAGAAAGAUAAGUGUGUGCAGUGUACAGAUGUUCCUCAUGAAGUCACUGAGCAGCCAGAGCUGCUGCAGCCUGUAGAGCCAGCAUCUAGUGAGUAUGUUGGAGCACACAGAGAAAGUCUAGAGGAAAGCAGUAAGGAGAACAUUGGUGGAAAAGAAACAGCUAAGGAUGUGUGUUCACCAGCUGUUGUUCAGCAAGAUCCUCACCCUCAGGAAACUGAUAUGGUCAGCAAUAAGUCAGGCCACAGUCUUCCUGAAAUAAAUGAGAUUAAUGAUGAAAAUGAAUCUGUCUCAUACCUACAUGACCAGCUGUCAGAACUUCUAAAAGAGUUCCCUUAUGGCAUUGAAACUAUGACCAGACAUGAAGUUUCUGUGGGCCAACAAAAGACAAAUGAAAUCUCAGAAAAUCAGACUGGUAAUAAAAUUGGUAAUGUGUCUGGGGAUAGCACAGACCAAAUAAAAAUUACAGUAUUAAACUCAGAACAAAUCAAAGAAUUAUUUCCUGAAGAGGAUCAGCUCUGUGUCUUAGACAAAUUGGCAGAACCUCAGAAUAGAAAAGUCCAUGCAGAAGUAAAGAGCCUGUGUGACUCACAGGUCUCCAGAGAAGAAAGUCAUGACCCUGGAAUGUUGGACCUGGAGAAGAACAAAAUCCAUUGCUGUGCCUUGGGUUGGCUCUCAAUGGUUUAUGAAGGUGUGCCUCAGUGUCAUUGCAGUUCUAUGGAGGAGAAAGAGAAAGACCGGUGUUCUUUGGAGAUUGACAGUUGCAAACAAGGAGAGCAGUCCUGCAGUAGUGGAAUCACUAUUUUUGAAAUUAAUCCUAUGUCUGAUAACUCAAAAACUCCUCUGAUCCAAGCAGCUGAGAAAGGCCAUUUUUCUGAAAUACGUGGUGAAAAGAUAAAAACAUCUAAAACAAAAGACAGCAGUUCACCAAGGGUGGAACAGGAAUUUACUGGUCAUUUUUCAGUUAAGUGUUACAAGAAAGAUAAAGAUGAAUAUAAAACAAAACAAGAUAGCUCACUGAAAAUGGAGCAAAAAGUAAAAAAUGUUUCAUUUGAAUGUGACGGACCAAAUCCCUUAAAAAGCAAUAAAACAGCAACCCCUGAAAUAUCUCAUGUGAUAACUUCCAACUCUGAUAAAAAUAUGCUGGCAUUUUCUAAACAAGCUUCUCAGGAAAGCCUACAGAAAAAACACAUAUCUCAAGAUUCAGGUCCAGGAAAAGCACAUGCAGGACUUUUGCCAAAUAAAGAUCCAUGCAGGAGGAAUAGCAUUUUGGUGCAGUCAGUGUCACCAGAAAAGAAAAAAUUAAAAUUCAAAGCAGGUGGCUCCAGACUGAAAUAUUUUGAAAAAAGAAAAACAGACCAUGUGCUUAUCCCAGAUGUGGAAAUAAAAAAGAAGAAAUAUGAAAAACAAGAGCAAAACAAAAACACUGGAGACACACUCAAACUGUGCAGCACUCUGACAGAACCAAACGAAAGCACCAGUAUUAAAGAAAAGACAGUGCCAAGUUCUGAGUCCUCAGACUCAAAGGGCAGCUCCUCUAAGAGUACCAGAGUUAUAACCGUGCAGGAAUAUUUACAACGGCAGAAAGACAAACAUAUAAUAGGGAAUAAUGCUUCCAAAAACAUCUGUGUAGAGAAUGUGCCGUGUGACCCUGAGCCCAUGAAGUCCAGUAAGCAUUCUGCACCAGCAAGCUGGGGAAAGUUAAUUGAGGGGCAGGGUGUCAGUGCAGAGCCCUCAAAAGAACCAGAACGUAAUUCCUCCAGCCAUGGCAAAAAUCCCAAAGUCCACCAUUCUGAGGAGUCAAGGCUAUACAGUGUGUCAAGAAAUAGUAAAGGAAAAUUUGAUAGGAAGCAGCCAGACAAAGCCUAUAUUGAUAAAACCAAAUUAGAAAGAUUGACCAAUAUGAGUAAGUCCAGCCAGAUACCUCUCCAGGUAAAGGAACAAAGGAAACAGUACCUGAACCGGGUUGCAUUUAAAUGCACAGAACGGGAAAGCAUUUGUCUCACCAAAUUGGACAGUGCAUCCAAGAAGUUUAGUAAAGAGAAAAAGAAGAGUAGGGCAUAUACACCCAUGACAAAAGAUGACACAGACAAACAGAUGUUGGAGUUUAAAUUAUGUCCAGAUGUGCUGUUGAAGAAUACAAGCUCUGUUGAUAAGCAGGAUGCACCUGGGCCUGGGCCUGGGCAGGAUCAAGCCCCUGUGCAAGGUUCAGUAUGAUUUCUUCAUGGGGGGUGGGGGGACAGUUUCACACGGUUCAGGCUGGCGUUAAAUCAUCUAGGUUGGCCUUUUAACUCUGAUCCUCUUGUCUUUAUCUCCCAAUUGGUAGGAAUGUAGGCCACAGGGCCCAACCAGUGAUUUGUUUAUGUGUGAGGCACCCAUAGAGGUGUAGUCCUAGGAGUGCGUGAAUGGGAUGGGUUAGAGUUGGGGUGACAGUGAGUCAGUGUUCAUCGAGCAGCAUUUGUUUUGUGUUUGUUGCCCUUUAUUUUAAAUUAUAGUAAAUUAGUACUGGCAAAUUUUCCAAACAUUUCCUGAACACAAAUAUUUUAUUAAGUCCCUAAGAAACUACACUGAAAAGCAUUUCUUGUGGUACAAGUUUAAAAAGUAUAAAGUGUAUAUUUGUUUCAAGAAGUUUUGGUUUUGUGGUAUUGGUGGUCAAACCACCAGCACUCUGCCACUGAACCGCAGCCACAACUAGUGUCUUGGAUUUAGUUUCCUUUUGUACUGGUAAUUUCAAAGCAGCCUGUAUGUGAAACUUUGUUCCAAAUAUUGAGAGGUAAUGUACGUGUUAAUUAAUGGGUCAAUUUGUUGCCAUCUUUGAAACUUAGGAUGAAGAUGUUAUCCCCAAGUUAAAAUGGUAACAUCUAGUCUACUUAUAAAACAGAAGACCUGUAGAAGCUGUAAUUGCUUGGAACAAAUUAAUCUCUAAUUACAAAGUCUAAAUAAUGAUUGGCAGAGUGGUACAUAUGGAAUGCUAGAGGCAGAAGAAUCCUGGGAGUUUAAGGCCAUCCUUGGCUAUAAGAUGUCAUCUCAAAAACUAAGAAUAGUGAAAAAGCCAGAGUCGCAGUCGUGAGUCAUAGGUAUUAUCUCCAUGAAGUGUACAAUUAAAGGGGAAAAUGAAUGAAUAGUUAUGGUUAUAAGAGAAGGUUUUGAAGUUGUAGAUAUUAUAGCUGAUACAUUGUGCAUUGAAACUCAGAUUGGAAAACGAGUCUUUUAGUUGAAAUUUUAGUUUUGUCUCUUUUUUUUUUCUUCUGAGUAUAUCUGUGGUGAUGAAGCUAUAGCAUAAACAGUACUUUUUGUGGAAAGUGAUAGGUAUAGAAGACAAAAAUAAUUUUGUUUAAAAUGACUGAUUUCAAAAUAAGACAUGGUUGCACACAUCUUAAUUUCAACAUGUAAGAGGCAGAGGCAGGUGGAUCUCUGAAUUUGAGACCAGAUUGGUUGUAGUAAGCUCCAGAACUACAUAAUGGGACCCUAUCUCAAAACAAAUCAAAUUAGAACCAAAAGGAUCAUUUCAAUAGGCGUUUUUAUUAGGUUUUUAGAAUCUGAGACCUUGAGUGUAACUGGGAAUUUGGAAUUGAACAGGGGCAAUGAGUGACUUCCUGUCUCAUACCUUUAAAUAAAUACCCUGAGAAAUGUUGGUGAUUCAGCCCAGAUGAGGAAAUGUUUAUUUAGUGUGAAAAUUAGAAACAAUUCAUUUACCUAUUAUAAAAUAUUCAAUUUCCUUACCUGGUAAAAAUAAUUUUUCAGGUUCUUUAAAAAAGUUACAUUACAUAUGGUAUAUAGGUAUAAUAUAAGAUACCCCAUGAUGUAAUAUAUAGGUAGGUUUUUUUUUUUUUUUCCGUUGUGCUAAAAUAGAGGAGGAA